AGUUAUUCUGUUUUGUAUUGCAAGUGCAUGGCGCAGAUAGACGUCGACGAAGAAUCAUUUUCUCUGGAUAUCUUUAAACGUUUGCUAUUUUUUUUGAGGGGGAAUAACGCACACAUUCUGAAAUGAGAGUGUGAGAUGUUAUUACUUCCGAAAGUCUGGAUAACUACCGCUGACACGUUGAUGAUUUCUACGAAAGUGGGUCUGAGGAGAAGCUUGUGCUGCAUUCAUAAACACUUCUUUAGGACUCACAACAACCCUUGAGCGUUGUUUACCCACCCAUUAAACACCCCGUUUUCCGUGCAUUUGGGAUGACAGCGGCUGAAAAGAGUAUGAUACACAUGGAGGAUCCCGGUGGAGUUGUCAGGCUCCGAGAGGAACACGAAAAGGUGGUGAAGGACUGCGAGCAGCGGAUGCAGCAUUGGGAGAAGCUCUCAGGUGAUUAUGAAGCCCUGAAAGACCGCCUCAAAAAUCUUCCGGAUAAAGUGUCUUAUGACAUCAUGGUGCCAUUCGGCGCUUUGGCCUUCAUGCCCGGGAAGCUGGUGCACUCAAACGAGGUCACCGUGUUGCUCGGUGACAACUGGUUUGCAAAGUGUUCUGCCAAGCAGGCUGAGAAACUCGUCGACCACAGGAUGAAGUACGUGAGGAGCGAACUGGAUGGUUUGUCCAAGACAAGGAAAAACUUUGAAGCAAGAGUUGGAAUGGUGAAGGACUGGGAAAACAUCUCAUCCAAAAAGGGGGGCUACAUUGACAUCCGAGAGGAGGUCGGAAAAAACGAGACUACUAAAGGAAAGCAUAGAGUGGCUCACAAACCGCAUUCAAAGCCCAAGCUGGACGCUGUGCUGGAUCUGGAAGAGGAAAGUGAAGAAAGUAGAGAAGAGACCCAGCAAAACGGGAGCACAAAGGGCUUUAUGACUCAGGAGGAGUUGUGGGCUCGAUUAGAUGAACUUGAGAAACUGGAGGAUCUGCAAGAUGAGCAUGACAGGUUGUCUGACCAUGCAGACCUUGUGAGCGAGGACACGUCGUCGUCAUCUUCUUCGGAGGAGCAGACCGAGACAGACUCCUGUCCUCCGGUGAAUGGACUGCGACCCCAUGGCAGCCCACUCCCUCGUGAAGUCAUAAAAGAAGACGAUGAGGAAGACAGCAGUUUGCCGACCAUUUAUUUCUCUCACACGGUCGAGCCCAAAAAGGUGAGGAUCAACACAAGCAAGAACACCAUGCUGAAGUUCAGCGACAGGAAAGAACCGAAGGACAAUUCAAAACGAAAAAAGAAAAACGGUCACCGCACUGGAAACUCUCAACGUGAAGUUCACAAAAUUCAAACACCUGCAGACAUCUACAGGCUGUAUGUGGAUUUAAGGAAUGGCGCGCCCAUCCCCAAGAAGUCCAUCCUGAAGUCGCGUAGCCGGGAGAACAGCGUGUGCAGUGACACAAGCGAAAGCAGCGCGGCCGACAUCGAAGAACGACGCAUGCUGUGCCGUGGAUUCAGUCACGAUGAGGCCAUGCCCAGUGACAACAGUGCCAGCGACGGCCUUACAGAGGAGGACAGCCCUACAGGAAUGCCGACGCAUCCCACUGGACGAUUUGAGGCCUUCUCAGGUACUGUCGUGGAAAAAGAGCCAAUGCCCUUGUCUGUUCCCCAUCUGACCAUCGCACCGCCAGCCCUUCCAACCAUCCUGGAGUGGAAACAGGAGGAGGUGGCGCCCGACGCGGCGCCCCCUCCACAGCCUGUUAAACGGGUGUCAAAGUUCAAAGCUGCCAGGAUGCAGCAGAAAUGACACUGUGUGUGUUUUUCCUCCCCAACAGUCAGCAUCUUCUCCUUUUCUUUACAACCUUUAGCAUCAUCGGCUAUAGAUAUAUACGGUUUAGGUUAGUAAAAAGGCUAGCUAACGAUUUGGUUCCUCUUUUUUGUUAUCGACGGUGUUGUAGGACUGUAAUCUCAGUGUAGCUUGUCAUCAUGUCAACCAAACAACUCAUUUGAACCUGCUUAAUGAAUGUACGUAAAGCUUUAUUAUUAUGAUGAGACGAGGAAGGAAGGAAAAGGAAAAUAAAUGAUUUUGCAUAAGUCA